AUGUCGUUCUUGUCGGGGUUCUACAAUCGACUCUCAGGCACCUUCAGUCGACCGGCUGAGACUGAGGGAGACCACGUUGCUGGCGAGACAGCGGCUCAGUCAGAUUCGGCCAACUCCAACGAUGCAUCAAGCCGCACUCUCUCACCCGAGGACGACCAGGGAGAUGUCAACACUCCCGAGAAGGCUCCUGUCUCUUCGCGAUUGCGCAUUCCACCCACGCCCUCAUUUGCGCCGCCAGCGACCCCCUUUGCAGGUCAGGCUUCGCCCGUAGUCAAUCAAGCAGCAGCCGACCAACUCAUGCGCGAGGCUGGCGCUUCUGCUCCGACCCCUGCACUCAAGGCCACACCGUUCUUUGGCGUCUUUGCUCCACCGCAAACGCCCGCAACUCGCAACUUGUCGCCUGUUAGAAAUCAGGCCGCCGAGGAGCAGCUUAGGCGGGAAAUGCUAGGCGGUGUACCAGAAACACCUGCCACUGCGCAACCGAACCUACGAGCCACUCCCAUGACGCAAUACAAGACACCAGCUGUAUCACAUGUCACGCCAACCGAACCGCUCACAGAACUGUCUGUCGCGCCGGAUGCUUUGCAGACUCCUUCGCUCAUGCCUUCGAAGCGCCAACAUAAAGAUCAAUCGCCCAUUCAAGAAGAGUCGGACAUCAUUGUCGAGGAUAUUGAGGAGGAGUCACAAUCGUCUUCAGCAGCUGCGGCUGAAGAAAGCGAAGCAGAAGCAGAAGACUCGGAGGCUUCAGCAACGUCGUCUCCUCAUGCAGCUGUUGAGAUGGAUCUGUCUGAAGCAGAGGAGAAUGAUACAUCCACAACUUCGAUCGAAUCGAGCGACUCCGAAAAGCGUCGCGUCAUGGCCAUCACCACAAGCAAGAGUCGUAGGAACCAACGACGCCCCAACCAGCGCAACACAUCCAAGAGCUACGAUGACAGGCGGUCAAGAGUGCAAAAGACAACAAGACCAGGAAUGGGUAGAAGUGUUAGUGGGAGAGAGGAACUUUUGAACAGAGCACGCAAACGCUUCUACGAUGGCAAAGCAGGCAACAACAAACUCUUUUGA